UGCCUCAGGGCGUUAAUGCGGGCUUUCACCGGAUGUUCCUCCCCCUCUCCCGUCUCUAAUCAAGAAAAACUGGAGUUAACCCUACGGUAUUUAUUGCCCUGCAGCUGGGGACGGGGGUCUACACGGGAAUCACCGGGGAGUCGCCGAGCGCUCCGACCCGCCUCGCCGGGCGCUCCCCGCGGCGGAAUGCGCAACUUGCGCCCGGCCCCGCGUGCCGCGCGUUCCGCCGCGCCCCCCCCGCCCCCCGGCCUCAGGCGCAGCCAAUUGCGCGGCCCGCGCAGCGCAGGGGGGCGGGGCGCGGGCGCUGUGCCCGCCGCGCGCUUCCCCGCCGCGGCUCGCUCCCUCCCUCCCUCUUUCUGGGCGGCGGCCGGGGCCGGCGGGAGGUGGGGCGGCGCGGGCGGCGGUCCGCGGGAGCCCGUGGAUGGCAGGCUGGGCGCGCGCGGCGGGGUAGGGUCGGUGCGGAGCGGGCCGAGAGCCGCAGCCGGCGGGGGAGGCGCGGAGGCGGGAAGCGCCCUGCAGCCCCGCCGCGCCGCAGCCCGGCGGCCGCCGAAGUUGCUCCCCGUCCCGAGGGGGAGCCGGGGAUCGGGCGGGGCGAUGAUCUUCCCCAGCAGCGGCAGCAGCGCGGCGGGCGGCGGCCGGGCCCCGUUUCGGAAGCAGCAGUCCAUUGUACCAGCCCACCCAAUGGCUCCUCCUAGUCCCAGCACCACCAGCAGUAACAACAACAGUAGUAGCAGCAGCAACUCAGGAUGGGAUCAAUUAAGUAAAACAAACCUUUACAUCAGAGCACUGCCUCCAAACACCACUGAUCAGGACCUGGUAAAAUUAUGCCAACCAUAUGGGAAAAUUGUAUCCACGAAGGCUAUUUUGGAUAAGACAACAAACAAAUGCAAAGGUUACGGUUUUGUUGACUUUGAUAGCCCAGCAGCUGCUCAGAAAGCAGUUUCUGCUUUAAAGGCUAGUGGAGUCCAAGCACAGAUGGCAAAGCAACAAGAACAAGAUCCAACUAACUUAUAUAUUUCCAAUUUGCCACUUUCAAUGGAUGAACAGGAGCUUGAGAACAUGCUGAAACCAUUUGGGCAGGUUAUCUCUACGAGGAUACUGCGAGACUCGAGUGGGACAAGCCGUGGUGUUGGCUUUGCAAGGAUGGAGUCCACAGAAAAAUGUGAAGCAGUGAUUGCUCAUUUUAAUGGAAAAUUCAUAAAGACACCAGCAGGAGUUUCUGUUCCUGCAGAACCUUUAUUGUGCAAGUUUGCUGAUGGAGGACAGAAAAAGAGACAGAAUCAGAAUAAGUAUAUACAGAAUGGAAGAGCGUGGCACAGAGAAGGCGAGGUGAGACUUGCUGGAAUGACACUCACGUAUGAUCCAACCACAGCUGCUUUACAAAAUGGAUUUUAUCCGUCACCCUACAGUAUUACAGCAAACAGAAUGAUAACUCAGACAUCUAUUACGCCAUAUAUUGCUUCUCCGGUUUCCACAUACCAGGUUCAGAGUCCUUCCUGGAUGCAGCCUCAACCAUAUAUAAUGCAGCACCCGGGUGCUGUACUGACUCCCUCCAUGGACCACACCAUGUCACUACAGCCUGCAUCCAUGAUAAGCCCUCUGACACAGCAGAUGAGUCAUCUUUCAUUAGGCAGUACUGGAACAUACAUGCCAGCCACAACAGCUAUGCAAGGAGCAUACAUACCCCAGUAUACGCAUGUCCAGACAGCAGCAGUUCCUGUUGAGGAAGCCAGUGGUCAACAACAAGUUACAGUAGAGACAUCCAGUGACCAUUCUCCAUAUACGUAUCAGCAGAACAAGUAACUGUGAGAUGCCCAGUGUUGAUCUGGCCUGGAGAAGGGUGCAAAGGCUGAAACAAUCAUGGAUUUUACCGAUCAAUUGUGCUUUAGGAAUUAUUGACAGUUUUGCACAGGUUCUUGAAAAUGUUAUUUAUAAUGAAAUCAACUAAAACUAUUUUUGCUAUAAGUUCUAUAAGGUGCAUAAGAAAAACCUUAAAUUCAUCUAGUAGCUGUUCCCAUGAACAGGUUUAUUUUAGUAAAAAAAAAAUUUUUAUCAAGUGUUAUGACGCAAAAAAAAUAUUCAAAUUUCUGGGUAUGCACAGAUGACCACGAAGACUUAUUCACGUGCAUGACAGAAUGUGUUUUUUUGGUUUAUUUUUAUUUUGUUUGUUUCUUUAUUUUUUUUUAAUUGUAUGAAAUGGGUUUUCUAAAGUUUAAAAUAGUAAAACAUCUAAGAUGAUGUUCUGUGCUUGCAGUGUGUGAGUGUUGCUUUAGUGCAGUGUUGCAGUUAUAGUGUCUGGUCUUUUAGCUUUCUGUUUUUUUCUUUUAAUGUAGUGUGAAGUGUCUUAUCCUUUUCUAUAAAUUCCAAUUUGCCUUAAAUCUUUCAAUGCUGUAGCUGUUUCAGUAAGUAGUCCAAACUAAUGGUGUAGAAUGCUUUGACCAAAUGAGCUGGUCUAUUAUGCCUUGUAAAACAGCAGCAUAGGGCUUUUAAAGGUAGUCAAUAAAAAUUGCUGAAAAUUUGGCUUUUUUAAUGUGUAGUAAGUGUUUUUAAUGAUUUUUCACAUAAUAUGUAAGGUAAUGAAAUGCAAGAGGGGAAAAAUGUUUUGUGUGAAACACAUUUUCUGAAUGGGGAAAUUUUAAUAGGAUAAAUUGUUUGUAAGGCCUUAUGCCAAUAGCUCCCUCUGGUAGUUUGAAUGAUUUAGGAACUCUGCUGUAUGAUGCAAUGUAAAAUCUUUUUUUGCCUUCUUUUCAGAAACUAACUUGAUGUUCUAGUUUUAGCAUAGGUAGAGUAGGGAGUUUGGGAUGGAGAUUUUUGUCCUUCCUUUAUACUAAUGAUAGUGCUUUAGGAUGAGGAUUGUGCUGAGACUUAGCAAACAGAAAAGUUGCUAUUACAGCAAAAUGGCAAAAGCUAAAGGACUCAUUUUCAAACAUACACUGAGAUGUAGAAGCAUAAUUGAUUGGGUACUAGCUCUCUAUAAUAGGUAAAUAAAAAUAAAAAGACUUGGCACUUUUAAAAGGUAACUUUACCAAAGAACAAAGAGCCAGUAACCAAUAAUUCUGAUUUGUCUCAGCAUUAUGUCUUCUGUACUCAUUAUUUUUGCCGGACCAGUUUGCGGAUAGGAGAAUGUGCCUUUUUUGUACA